UAACCAACACUGACCAUCCAUGAUCUGCUAUAUUGACAUAGGUCGCAGAUGCACCAGGUUGACGCAGACUCUUCACUCACCACGGAUUAUUUUCCACUUCGCGUCUUCAAUACACACCAGCGUGAAAUUGAAACCACACCACACAGUAAACAUGAAGUGAGAGCAAAACAUACUGGUCAAAUAUCAACCAGGAAUCAUGUGUGCAGGAAAUGGAUUAAUUUUAAAAAGUUGUGCGUAGCAGCACUAGCUUGAACUGUUUCAAAGCUUCUGUUGACAAGGUGAACAAGUUAAGGAAGGAAGUUUUGAUGCAAAGGUUGAAGGAAGAAAAGAGGCAGACUGAGUCACAGCCAGAAAGUGUUGAUGACAGUGUUGAUUUCUAUUCACUGUUGCCCCCUCCCAAUUAAAUCUGCAAGUUUCUCCAGGAUGACAUCCACUUCCUACUUCUACAUAUGGCACUGUAUGUGCAUAUGCUUAGGUUUGGCCUGUGUGGUGACUGUAUCAUUGUGGAGCAGCCAGUGGCGUGGUGGUUUCGCCUGGGACGGUUCUUCCCUUCAGUUCAACUGGCACCCAGUCCUGAUGGUAACUGGUAUGCUGGUCCUCUAUGGCAAUGGAGCUGUGUUGUACCGGGUCCCCCUGACUUGGGGACAGAAUAAACUUCCUUGGAAGCUGCUGCAUGCAGUGGUUAUGCUCAUUUCACUGAUACUUUCGGUGAUUGGACUUUGUGCUGUUUUUGGCAAUCACAAUGCAGCGAACAUCCCAAAUUUAUACUCACUGCAUAGCUGGAUUGGAAUCGCAACUGUAGCUCUCUUUGCAACACAGUGGGCUGCAGGGAUGGUAGUCUUCCUCCUUCCCUGUUCCCCUGGUCCAUUGCGCAAGCUCCUGAAACCCCAACAUGUCUGGUUUGGAGGGAGUUUACUGACACUUAGCAUUGCAGCCUGUAUCUCCGGCAUUAACGAAAAACUUUUCUUUGUUCUGAAAGGAAAUGUCAAUGGGUCUAAGCCAUAUUCUCAACUUCCUGCUGAGGCCUUGUUGGGAAAUUCAUUAGGAGUCUUAAUUAUAGCUUUCGGCUUAGUUGUCAUCAAGAUUCUGACUAAUCAUGAGUGGCAGCGGCCAGAAAAUCCAUCUGUAGAUAUGUCCUACACGCCAUUGCUUCAAGAAGAAAAUCAAUGAAGGCUAAUCUGUUUAUUGUUAUCAAAGCCAAAUCAGGAAAUUCAGUGGAACCAAAGAAGUUGAGCUAUUUAAAAGGGUUUGGUUCAAGAAUGUACAAACAAGAAGCACUUUUUAUUCAGAAGUAAAUUUCAUGUUCAUUUAAAUAAUUGUGUGUAUAAGUUAGUGCAUUUCAGAUCUCUACUGUCACAGUCAGUCAUACUAAUCCUCUGAAACGUGUUUUUUAUUGUACAGUUUUGACCUUUAGUUUUUUUGUUUGUUUUUUUUUUGAAUGGAAUCGCUCUUGAUUACUAUAGCUUUACACAAGGUGGAAGCAAAGGUCCACUUUCAGUUUGGUCGUUGUCUCUCUUUUGCAUGUUGUAGCAUUCUCGUCCGUCAUGUAAAUAUUCGCAUCUUGGAAAACUUAUUUUUUUCCCCCCAAUUGCUCUUCCUUUGAUUUGUAUAUCACAAUACCCAUUAAAGAGAAAGUCAAUCCAAGUCAAGCUCAACAUUAGAAGUUGCAAAACAAUCAUCAGUUUGAAAUUGAGCAGGAUUUUUCUGUAGACUUUACUCACUGCAAUAAUUCCCACAUUAGUUAAAAGCUUGUCGCAUGGUGAAGAAAAAUAUGUCAUCUUACAUUGUAUAACUGUUUUUGUAAUAAAAUUAAAAGUGUUAUGAAAGUAACUAACAUGGAGAAAUGACAAAGGCAACAAGAAGAAAUCCACAUAUGCAGCUUCUCCAUGAAUAUCAUUAUCCGACCUGGAAUCAAGGGCGUAGGUUUGCAUAGGGACAGUAGGGACAUUACACCAGCAACUCUCAGGGAUGCUCAAAUUGUACCCACCAACUUUUAAGCAACCUUAUUUGCAUUAUAUAAUGAGUUCAGUUAUAUAGGUAAUUUAGAUUGUCUUCCCAUAAGUGGUAAGGAUAGAAUUGACACUACAUUAUGUUCAGACUUACAUUUACCCCUUUUCACUUGCUGAAUUUGCUGGUCCAUUUUUUUCACCCCUUCAAACGCACGUUUGAUUGGCUCAUGACUAGAACCCCCACAUUCACACAAUCCCAACAGAAAUACAUGUCGACAUGCCACCUCCUCCGACCCUUUGAAGAGGAGGGAUAUUAGAAGGUUUUUUUUUCGGCCAGCAGCAGCCAUUUUAAGUAAUGUAAAAAGAUGUUGUGAGGGUGGGAACGCACCACUAAUUUUGCAACUGAAAGUCCGACCUGCAUAAGAGUUAGCAUAACAUUAAACCGUGUGAACUUGCUAACCUGUAAAACUCGAGUAGAAAGCUGUUUAGUGACGUGUCCUCCUAUACUUUUUCUACUGUUAACGUUCUUCCAACUGCAUUUUGUGCAUUUAUUCCCUAAUUAAAAUGUAUGUAUUUUCUAUCUCAUCAUUAAAAAAAAAAAAUUAUUUGCAGCCGAUGCACAUUUUUUUAAACCCCCUCCCCACCCCCCCAAAAAACAAAAACACAACCGCUGUAAUUUUCCUUUAUAUGAAGCAUUUUGAAACCUUUUUUUCAUUUUUAUGUAGGAACCAGCUAUAUUUGAGCUAUAUUUGAGAAAUGUACCCAAUCUGUGUGGUCUUAUUAAUGUCCCGUCCCCAGCAAAAAGUGUACAUGGAGGUUAUGCUGUUAUAGCGUCCCUACCAAUGUUGAGACCAAACCUACGCCCUUGCCUGGAAUAGUCCACUUUUUAAUUGUUUUAUUGAUUUUUGGAAGUAAAUAAACCUAACAUGCUCUGUACAGUUCUUUGCCUUUUUGAAAAGUAUUUUGGGGGUGAAUUUCUCUCGGACCCGUGAAGACUAUGUUAGCAAUGUCUUAGCCAUUUCCAAAUUCAUGGGGUGAUCUUAUUUGGCAUAAUAAUUACUAUUAUGAAGUUGUCUAUUAGUAGCACUUUAUCUGCAGGUUUUGUUCCAAAUGAAGUGUCAGCUUGCAAAUCCUAUUCCUUAAAUUCAUUCUUGAAGACAAACGAUACAUCUCAAUUUGGCAAAGGUUGUACAAACUGCUCUUCCUCGCUCAGUGUCUUGCACACAUUAAUAUUAAACAACAUAAUACCGCUUACCACUGAC